GUCAGAGGCACCUGUCUAGCAGCUUUCAUCAUGGAGCACCUGAGCACUGCCAACACCCGUUUCACCUUGGACCUGUUCCUGGCUCUGAGUGAAAACAACCCAACAGGAAACAUCUUCAUCUCUCCCUUCAGCAUUUCAUCUGCCUUGGCCAUGGUUCUUCUGGGGUGCAGAGGCAACACUGCAGCACAGCUCUCCAAGACCUUUCAUUUCAAUGAAGUUGAGGACAUUCAUUCCAGAUUUCAAGAUCUGAAUGCUGCGAUUAAUAAACAUGGAAGUCCCUAUAUUCUGAAAGUUGCUAACAGAUUAUAUGGAGAGAAAACAUAUAAUUUCCUCCCGGAAUUCUUGGCUUCAACUCAGAAAAUGUAUGGUGCUGAGUUGGCCAGUGUGGAUUUUCAGCAUGGCUCUGAGGAGUCCAGGAAGGCAAUAAAUGAAUGGGUCAAAGGGCAGACAGAAGGGAAAAUUCCAGAACUACUGGCUGCAGGUAUGGUUGAUACCAUGACCAGACUUGUGCUGGUGAAUGCCAUCUACUUCAAGGGAAACUGGCAGGAGAAAUUCAUGAAAGAAGACACAACUGAUGCCCCGUUCAGACUGAACAAGAAAGACACAAAAACAGUGAAGAUGAUGUAUCAGAAGAAAAAGUUUCCUUUUGGCUACAUCCAGGACCUGAAGUGCCGGGUGCUGGAGCUGCCUUACCAGGGCGAGGAGCUCAGCAUGGUCAUUCUGCUGCCUGAUGACAUUGAGGAUGAGUCCACAGGUCUGAGGAAGAUUGAGAAGCAUUUGACUGUAGAAAAACUUCGUGAGUGGACCAAACUUGUGAAGCUGAAAAAGCCUGAGGUCAAGGUCAAAUUACCCAGAUUCAAACUGGAAGAAACCUAUGUGCUCAACUCUGAGCUAGCCCACCUGGGAGUACCGGAUCUCUUUAUUAGUAGCAAGGCUGAUCUGUCUGGCAUGUCAGGAGGCAGAGAUCUUUUCAUAUCAAAUAUUGUCCACAAAUCUUUUGUGGAAGUGAAUGAAGAGGGUACAGAGGCAGCAGCUGCCACUGGAGUUGUUGCCACCUUUUUCUCGAGGCCACACAUGGUAGACUUCACAGCUGACCAUCCAUUCCUUUUCUUUAUUUGGCACAACCCCACAGAUAACAUCCUGUUCCUUGGCAGAUAUUCUUCCCCUUAGAAGAAAGAGUCUCAGGCAAGGAAAUCAAGGUCAAGAAUAUAGUCUUAGUUCCUGAGCUUUUAAUAGUUAAAAUUAUCAGUUAUUUUUUACCAAUAAAAUUACUAUCCAGAAGCUACCUUCAAUUUCCUUUAAAAACUCAUCCCUCUUGGCUUUUUAUAUAAUUAAUUUUGUACUAUUUAGGUGAAUACUUGUUUAGUUGGUGUUGGUAUUGGCCUUUGAACACAGGGCCUCCUCUUCUUAACUUGACUUUUUUCUCUGAAUGGUGGCACUCUACAUCUUGAGCCAUACUCCAGUUCUGCCUUUAUUUUUUGCUGGCUUAUGGGAGAUAAGAGUGUUUCCCAUUGAUCUGCUAGGGCUGACUUUGAAUUUUUAUUCCUCAGAUCUCAACCUCCUGAGUAGCUAAGAUUAUAUUCAACAGAUUUUACAAUGAAAAGAAAAAAAUACAGUGAUUGUGCUUUUGAGUUAAAAAUAAAGGAUAACUCAGAUGUAUAGAUUCUUAACCAUGUAGUAGUCUGUGAAGUUGCCAUGCUCUCUCACAGUAGACAUGACUUUCAAUCAUCACUUAUUUCUCAGUCUGGAAUUAGGAUGAGGCAAAAAGAAGAGAUGAAAUCAAUUUUACAAAGUAAUCAAACAUUGUUUAAAUGAAUGAACCUAUGUACACUCUUCCUACCUUCCUCCAUCCUUUUUUCCCUCCAUUCUUCAUUGUGCUGGGGAUUGUCCAAAGUGCCCCAGGCUCGCUAAGUUAGUGCUCUACUACUGAGUCCCUUUCCCAGUACCAUGUCUGGAUUUUAUCUUUACAAAUCGCCUUUCCAAUGGCCAAGUUAUGAAAGUGGCCCAGAUGUCCUAGAAUACAUGAGUGGAUCAAACAAAUGUGGUAUAUACACAAAAGAGAAUUUUACUCAUCCGUUGGAAAGGAGAUUAUAUCCUCUGCAGGGACAUGGAGUGACCUAGAGCAAAUCCUGUUGUGAGGUAACCCAAGCUCAGAGAGACAAAUGGUGCAUAUUUUCUCUCAUAUGUGCAAGCUUGAUGUGAAUUAUGGGGACAUAACAAAUUAUACAGGUAUCUAGGCGUUCUCACACAGGGAGGCCAAAAGAGGAUACCAGAAGGGAAGGAACCAACCCAAAGGCAUAAUUCUGAACACAUAUUAUCAACAUGAGUUAUAGGAAACGGAAAUAUAUUUUUAGUGGUGGUGGUAGUGGUCUUUGCAUGUUUUUUUUUUUCAUUGCUGUUGUUCUAAUGUGUGUUUCCUUUUUCUGCUUCUUAGCAGGUGCAAAGGGGGACUCAGGAAGGGAAGGAGGAAUGGUUAACAAAUGCAAUCAUGGUAUUUAGGACACAUUUAAGUGGGAAAUGAACUAGUAACUUUGUGGGCAGGGGUGGGAGGGUAAAACUGGGGAAAAGUGAAUAAAGGGGUGACAUUGUCUAAAAAGAAAUGUUUGCACUACCUGAAUUGUGAAAUGGAAACGCUGUGUACAACACCUGAAU